CGGUCGACGUUUAUGGCUAAGGUUUGAUCAGUCUGAUUCAACAGUUUGUGCCGUAAGGAAGUGUGCAGCACUACUGAACGGAAGUCACUUGGGGAAAAAGUUUGAAAAUUGUUAAUUACACAUCUACCUACAGCGACACUGUUAGACAUUAUGCGUCUAGCAAAGUGACAUAGUUCAAAUUCAAUAAAAAGCAAAAACAAAAUCAACGUAUUUCGGACUUUAGUAGAGCGUUAAUUAUUUAAACCAAAUCGAAAUAAAAUUUUUGUGUGUUUCUGAAAGACUGACAGUAAAGAAAAAGUAAUUAAAUAAGAAAUAAAAAAAGUGUUAAACUCAACGAGCGAGCGAAAGUAACUGUAUAACAUUGAAAUCAAACAAAAAUCAGCAAACCGAAAAUAAUAACAACAACAUUGCCGUCGUUGUGCGAAAUUGAAAAUAAAGAAAUUGAAAAUUGAAAGCCACGCUCAAUACCUUGCUUAAUUUGCGAAAUUAACACAUUCUUGUGAAAUUGCCUAAUUCAAUGCAGAUUUAUAACACAAAGUAGCUUGCUGCGUAUAACAAAAAAAAAAAUAAAAACAAAAAUACAUACAUAAAUUAAAGUAAAACGCGCACUUGUUGUUAUCAACCGGCGUUUUGUACGCGACAACGCGUCUUUAAAGUGAAGUGUCGUGACACUCGAAACAACAAUUGCCUUAGUCAUUUAUCGAUAUUUGACUAAUAGCACGCCCAGUGCGCAGCCAAUUACUCCACGUGGACGAGCAGCGAAAGAUUUUUACGAAUUUACUUGGAUUAGUAUGCGGUGUGGUUGCAAAUCACUUGCAACCAAUAAAUCCAGCAAAACGGCGAACCUAAACGAAUUUUUACCCUCCCAAACGCACCCACGCCUCUCAUGUAGCGUGUGGUCACCCACGAAUGUUAUAAACGUAACAAAAACAACACAAAAAACCACGCAUAUACAGCGAAAUUGCGGUAGCCGUAGCCGAAGAAGAAGAAGCUACCGCGUCCUACUUAUAAGCAAUCUCAUUUUCAUAAUGACCAUUGUAACAAUAUGCACUGAAACCGCCUUAGCAGCGCCCACCGCAACAACAACAACAAAUAGUCCCGCCACACAAUCCAUACACGCGCCAACCAUGACGGGUGGUAGAAAAGCCAACACUGGCGCCAAGAACAAGGCUGUGGGUGUGGCUGUGACGCAAAAUACGAUCGAUGUGAGCAGCGGUGUGGUCUAUACGAUACCCAUUGAGGGUUCGCGAAAACGUAAGCGGCACAGCAAACGUCACAGUAAUUUUAAUAUUGAAACGUUGAAAGAUAUGCCAUGGGUGAAUCCUUGUGGUGGCUUCUAUGUGCCGUCGGCGACGCAGGGUGGCAACGCUAUGCGGCGGAAGAAUCCAAAAAAGAUUUUCAACUUGCUCAAAAGGUUAACAGAAAACGAGUACAAAACGUUGAAAGCCGGCCAACAAGAUAUUGAUAUAAGCAAUAUACAAAUUUGGUCGCUGCACAAUAAGACCUAUAAGUUUCUGCCAAAAUUGAAGAUCAACUCAACGAUCGCACUAAAACGCUGGUACCGCAAUAUGCAAUCAUUUGUCGGUUCAUUCGCCUAUUUGCGCAGCAUACAACGCGCCUGGGAUAUGGCCAAAUUGCAGCGUGAGAAUAGCACCGCACGCGAAUUGAAGCGUCUAUUUAUCAGCGCACGCAACAUGCUGUGCGAAUUGGAGACAGCUAUCAAUGGCACAAUGCCAGCGCCGCGUAUGUUGCGCGGCAGCGCGUUGCCACAAGUGACAAGCCAGCAGAUGAAUAAACGCUUGAAGCUGCAUACAAAGCGACGUGCCGAAAGCAAUCCGAAUGUGCUGCAGAAAGCCGACACAAUCGAUUUAAUGUGGGUGAAAUAUUACUAUUAUGAAUUUUUGAAAACCAUGUGGAAGGUGUUGCGUCAACAGACAAAGCGACGUGGACAAAUUGCGCUCAACGCGGAAAAUCCAAAAGCAUUCAAUGAGGUGGAGAAGCAUUUCGGCAGCAUUGCGGCGACAAAGCGCAAUGAGAUGAGUAAAAACAAGCGGACGAAAGAUCAACUGACGACGUCAAAAUCGGAGGCGGCUGAGGCGUUGGUGACAGCACGCAGCAGUAGUGGCGCUAAUAAGCGUAAAAACGCUAAUUUUGGUAGUCGGCGACGUUUGGCGCAAGCGCACAGCGAGACGCGGUGAGGUUAUACUAUAUAAUUACAGAUUUUAAAUUUCAUAUGUGCAGAGUAGUUAGUAGCUAAGUUGCAUGUAUGAAAUGGUAAUUUUGAGUCUCAAAGCAAUAUUUCGCUUUUCACAUUUGACAUGUACAUACAUACAUAUGUAUGCUAGUUAAAUAUUUACAUUCAUACAUAUAAACAUGCCAGGUUGAAGCAUUGACUUCCAAAUAUAUAUACACAUACCUAAAUACAUCUAGCUACAUUAAUAGUAUUGAGUUUAUUAUAGUAUUAAAUGAAAAAAAAAAAACAACAAAAAAAUGUGAAUAAGAAUUUAGCUACUUCUUUAGUGCACAGUGACUGCAUUCCAGUAAUGUUAAUAAGACAAAACUUUAUAUCGUAAAAAAAAUAUUUUUUUGUACACAUCUGUAUACAUAUGUACAUACAUAUAUAUGUAUAUAGUUUAGUAGUAUUGCAGCAAUACACUGCAAACAAAAGGCUUUGUAUUUAAUUAUAAAUUAUUUGCUUACAAUAUCUAAUAAGACAAUAACAACAACAACAAAACGUAAUAUAAGCAAAAUUAUCGCACACAUAAAUGCAUAUUUAUUUAUUAUACAACAUGCCGUUUCAUAUAGAACAAUCAGUGCGCGCACACGUUCAAGUUCAAUGUUGUUGUGCAAUAACAAGGAAACAACAACAACAACAAUUUGAAAUAUCAAACAGCAAAUUUCCAUAAAAUUACUUUGCCUUGAAUUUUCAUUUUCAUUUUCAUUUCCAUUUUUCACUUUCGAUUUCAUCUACACAACUUGGCAUGCAAAAAAAAAAAAUCAACGAUAACAACAACAAUAAUAAAAAUGUAAACAAACACAAAUUGAUAGUUGUAGCACUCGUCUAGUCAACACCACACAACAAGCAGUUUCAAUUACUUUGAUAACUGAGCGCACACACCCACAAUCAGACAUACAUACAUACAUACAAACUAAUAAACACAAAUAAGCACAUAUUAGCAGCAACAUACAUACAUACUAGUUAUAUUGCUAUUCAAGUGGCGCAAGCUGCUUGACUGGUUCCUCAAUUUUUUCACAAUUCAUUUUUAUUGUAAAUGUUUAUAGAAAAUGCAUGCAUGAACAAAUUGUAUGUAUAUAAGCUUCAGAAGCUUUAUUAGCACGUGAGCAGAGGCGCGGCAUGUGAGCGAUAAGAACAGCGCCAACAAAGGCGUCUCAAAUAAUGAUUGAUUUUAAUGAGUCAAAUAGACGGAUAAUUAAUUUUAAUUGAAAAAUUAUCGAUUUGCAAAACAACAACAACAGCAAAAUAUGCAGUUAUCAAAAAAACAAUGCAAACAUUUUUAUUUCUAAAAAAUUAUGGAAAAUUUUUCAAAAAUUGCAAAUUUUUAAUAAUUUCUUUUUUUAUGAAAUAUUGAAAAUAGCUCAUUAAACACACUCAACAAGCAUCUCUGCUCAUAACUGCAUAUAUCCAUAACAUUCACUAUCAUUCAACACAUUUCGAAAUCAAAUCGAAAACACUGAAUAUAAAAGACUACGAAUAAUAAGCUCUCUCACAAGCUCUCUCUCUCUACUUACUAUGUAUCUAAGUCGCAUUCUAUUUGUUAUUUUAUUAUCUUAAAUGGCAAUGCGUACAAUUAGCACAUAAGUCACAAAUAACAAAAAAAUUAUUAAAACAAAACCAACAACAACAAAAUGUGUAAAUGACUUGCAUUUUGUCAACUAAAUCAUUGACGACAAAUAUUUAUACAUACAUACACACAUACAUGUAUUUAUUUUUGCAUUUAGUUAGUAGCAAAGCAAAAACACAAAGAAUAAUAUUAAAAAAAAAAACAAAAACAAAAACAAAACAAACACUUAAAAAUAAACUUCAUUCAGUCAAAUGCUCGCAUGCAUUUGCUUUUGCGCUGUGAUAUUGUAU